AUGCCGACAUCCAAAGCGGGCGCAUCGACUUCGAGAGGAGCUUCAGCUGCCCAAGUAGCGGGUGCACACGUGGCAGGUCCAGGAGGAGGCAAAGAGGAACAGGACCCUAUGGAAGAGGAUUUGGUGGAAGAGUCGGUUGGGGCUGAAGGCGUGACCGGAGCAUCACAGGACAAUCACAGAUCCCAAGAAGGGCACGAUCAGGGAGAGUGGGCAGAGAACGGAGGUAGAAGUGGGAAUGGCGCAGGUGCGGGUAGGAGCGGAUUGGCUCGAGAGGAGAAUCAGGUGUCGAAUGAGGUGGCGCUUGGGGUGGAUGACUUGCCUGAGGAAGAGGAAGAGGAGAUGAACGAAGAGGAAAGACUCCUGGCGGAGGAAGAAGCUCGAUUGGGUCUAGAUGAGGAGCUAUAUGAAUCGGAAUCCAUCACAUCUUCUGCAACCGAUAGUCUGACCUGGAUCAGCUGGUUCUGCAGCUUGCCUGGCCACGAGUACUUUGCGGAGGUGGCCGAAGAAUUUAUCGAGGAUGAUUUCAAUCUGACUGGCUUGAAUGCGCUCGUUCCUUUCUACAAGGAGGCGCUCGAAAUGAUACUGGAUGUUGAGCCUCAGGAAGACAGCUUGAAAAUUCCGGACGUCUCCAUCGUCGAGUCUAGUGCCGAAUUGCUUUAUGGGCUCAUUCAUCAGCGGUUCAUUCUGACUAGGCAAGGUCUUUCACAAAUGGCGGAAAAGUACGAAGCAGGACACUUUGGCUACUGCCCCAGAGUAUUCUGUCAUUCGCACCCUGUCCUGCCAUGCGGCAGAUCCGACUUGCCCGGCCUAGAUACGGUCAAGCUGUUCUGUCCCAACUGCAUCGACAACUACAGUCCACCCAGCUCCAGAUUUCAUGGAGUGGAUGGAGCAUUUUUUGGGACCACGUUUCCUCAUUUGCUCUUUCAGAGCUUCAGAGAGAUGGCCCCAAGCCCAAUCGCGCCCAAAGGAUCAAAUCAGCUCAGCCUUAACACGCAGAGCAGCCCUCCAGAAUACAUAGUGGGCGGCUCGGCGAGCCCGGAAGCUGCAGAAGAGAGAGCAAGAGAGGCUGCAGAUGCGGCUGUAGGCGGUACAUUGGAUCCGAAGCUCCUAGGAACCAAGACUCCAGCUUCUCGGUUGUACACACCCAGAAUCUAUGGCUUCAGGGUAUCCGAGCUUGCCAAAUCCGGUCCGAGGAUGAGGUGGAUGAGAAUGAGACCGGAAUCUUUCCAGGAACUCGAAACUGGCCGACUUGGAUCUGGAAGCGUAGCAGCAAGGGGUCCCAGCGGUGUUGGGGCUGGAGUGACUGCAGCUGGAGGGGCAAGCGCGUUCGACGAAGCUUCCAAUGGUGUACAGCAAAGUGGAGCUGCUAACACGAGCGCGAGCGCGAACAACAACAACAACAACAACAAUAGCUCGGCGCAUGCGUCUUCCACAUCCCGCUCUGCUACUGCUUCGACUGGCAACACGACGAUGCACGGUAGGCCUAUCGCUGGUCGAGGUGCUGCUGCGCUCUGA